AUGCGUGUUACAACUACCUUUGGCUCUCUAAUCUUGGGCGCGGGCCUCUGCGCCGCUCGCGCUUGCGCCCCUCAUCCUCGGCCGACAACGACAUCGUCAUUCAGCAGCGAAAUUUGCACUACAACGGCUGGAGGCGCCGCCACAACGACUACUUCUCAAGAGACUCUAAGCAUUACCGACUCGACGUCAAGCAUUGAGUCCUCGGUCACUGUAGAGACUUCUACAGCCGACUCCGCCACUACAGAACUGGAGACGACGACUUCUGGCUUGACCUCUCAAGAGACUUUGAGUGUCACUGAGUCCCAGACCACUGUUGAAUCCUCUGCCGCUACAGAACUCGACACAACUACUUCCAGUUUGACUUCUCAAGAGAGCUCGACUGUUGCUGAGUCUCAGACUACUGCUGAAUCUUCGGCCACCACGACCGAUGGUAUCAGCUCUUUUACUACGAUGCUCGUGACUACGACUGCUGUCACUUCCCAAGAGACCGAGACCUCUACAACCACCGACGAAGCCACAAGCACGACGAUCGAAGCCACCACGACUACAGCUGGCCCUCCCGUGAUUACUAACCUCGCCGUGAAUGGUGGUUUCGAAGACGAGACCAUCGAUCCUUGGGUUGUACAAGGAGCCUCUCCGGCAGUCUACCGUAGCCAGUUUUGGUGCGCCGAGGGCAGCAAGUGUCUGCAAUUGCCUGGAAACUUUGCCAAUUCCGCCAAGGUCUGCCAGAGCGUCGCAGUCGAGGCGGGCUUUGAGUAUACCUUCAAAGCGCAGGUCCUCCAGAACUGCAUCAAAGAGUAUGGCUCAAACAUACUGGUCUGCGAUGACAACAUCAAUACCACUGAACUGUCCAUUGAUGGGGUAUAUGACUCCGGUAAUCAUGGCAUUGUUGGGUAUAAUACCUACAACGACUUUUCUUACACCUUCUCAUAUACCGGCCCGAGCAUUGACUCUACUGAUCUUUGCAUCACGAUCACGCAGAACCAAGGCCUCGGCCCUGUCUUUUACCUCGAUGGCGUUUCUUUCACGCGUGGACAGGCUGUGCCUAUUCCUGACCCGACGGAGUAA